AUGCAGCGGCGGCCGUUGGCCAACGUGCAGCUGCGACGUGCAAUCAUCCAUCUGGCGCCGCCUUGCGAAUGUGAGAAAGAAAAAGAAAUGCAAAUGAAAAUGGCGACGAACCGGUGGAGCCGGAGGGCGACGGCGCCUCCCAUGCAGCAGCGCUCUCGUUCAGCGUGCAUAAUUCCCGCCUGCGUACGUUCAUCGAGCGUCCAGCAGCGUCGCAGUGUGCUGCUGCUGCUGCCGCUGCUUCGACCGCCAACAGUUGCCGAGCGUGCUCCAAAUCGAUGCGUCAAUGAGCAGGAGCAGUGGGAGGGAGCCACUCUGUCAAGCAAACAAACAGAUUUUGGCGCUCGAACGGGGACCAGCAAGGGACGGAGAGGGCGGGACGCUGCUCUGCAACAGCGCUGUGCUGCGUUGCCGGAGGCCGGUCGUUCGGAGUGCUGCUGCUGCUGCCCUUGCUCCUGCUGCUGGGGUGAGGGUUGUUGA